AUGGUUCACGCCCGGCGCUCCCCGGCCCGCCUCUUUUCUGCUUUGUCCACGUCCACGUGUCCUAGCUCCGCCCCGUCCCUUCCUCGAGCUCGCGCCAGGGGGGAAGCUAGCUUGUACUGCGGGAAGCUGGUGUGCUACGACGUGCUCGGGGUGAGCCGCGAUGCCAGCAAGGCUGAGAUCGCCCGCGCCUACCGCCAGCUGGCCUUGCGCUACCACCCGGACCGGCAACGGGACCCGGACGGCGGAGCAGCGGCCGCCGAGAGCGCCCAGGAGAAAUUCCUGCUCAUCGCCGCUGCCUAUGAGACCCUCAAGGAUGAAGAAACUCGUAAGGAUUAUGAUUAUAUGCUGGAUCAUCCUGAGGAGUAUUACAGCCAUUACUAUCACUAUUAUUCUAGAAGACUGGCACCCAAGGUGGAUGUCAGAAUAGUGAUUUUAGUCACCGUCUGUGCUAUCUCCAUAUUUCAGUUCUUCAGCUGGUGGAGUAGCUACAAUGAAGCUAUCAACUACCUAGCAACUGUGCCAAAAUAUCGCAUACAGGCCACUGAAAUUGCCAGGCAACAAGGGCUGUUAAACAGAGCCAAAGAAAAGGGCAAAAACCGGCGAUCCAAGGAAGAAAUGCGCAAGGAAGAAGAAGAAAUCAUAAAAAAUGUAAUCAAAACCAAAAUUGAUAUCAAAGGUGGUUACCAGAAACCCCAAAUCUAUGACAUCCUUUUUUUCCAAAUUAUCUUAGCACCUUUUUAUUUUUGCAAGUACAUAGCCUGGUACUGUUGGUGGAUUUAUUCCUUCAACAUCAAAAGACAAGAGUAUGGUGAAGAGGAAAAGUUGUACCUCAUACGCAAAUACAUGAAAAUGUCACAGUCUCAGUUUGAUACUUUGGAAGAUCACCAGAAAGAGACCUUCCUUGAACGCCAGCUCUGGAUAAAGGAGAACUAUGAGCUUUACAAGCAAGAGCAAGAGGAAGAACUGAAGAAAAAGAAGGCAAUGGACCCUCGAUGGAAAAGAUACAGACGAUGGAUGAGGAAUGAAGGACCUGGAAGAUUGACUUUUAUAGAUGAUUGACAUUUAUUGAAACAUGUACAGUCCUGUUAAAGAUGAUUGGCAAAAAAAAUUAUACCUACAACAUUUGGAGUUUAACUGCUGUGUCUCAGCAGUGUUCUAAAACUCAGGAAUUAUUCAAUCAGGCUGAAACCUAAUAACAUUUUAUGAUUUUUAUAUGUUAUAAUAAGGGCAAAUUUGUUAAGCAGACUUAAUUGUUCUGAUGUUGAGCUAGUAUUGAAUUAAAACUAAAUCUGAGAUGGA